UUUCAAUUCAGUUCGUACCUGUGAAUCGAGUCGAGUGGAUAUAUCCGCCAAGAAAGAAUACGCACCGAUCGAGUGUUAUUAACAAAAAAAAAAAAAAAAACAAUUUUGUGUGUAUAAAAUGGCGUCAUUGGAUACGAGUGUAAUGUUUUUCAUCAACUUUUCUGAUAGUUUUAUGUGCUUAUGCAAUUUAGUACUAAAAUGCAAUUAAAUAAAACGUAAUCCAUUUGUUUAAAAAGCAUUUGAGCGGUGCCCUAAAGCAAAUUCGUUUUUUUUUUCGUUUCGUUAAAGAAAUGUGUUUUCGUAACAUAACAUUCGUAUAAAUAGAAAUUCUGCGAUUUUUAUGAUGAUUGUUGGAGUGUUUAAGUUCGAGCAUUCGCGGAUAUGUUGCAAAUGAAAUGCUGAAUUAAGCUGAAUAAUUCGAAUCAUUUGGUUCGGAUUGAAACAGACGACAUAAUUUUAUGGAUUAAUUCAAAAGUGAAAUGUAAUAAGCCAAUAAUAAAUGUACCGCUAAGCAAAUAACUCAAGACGAAGCAGAAAAAAAAAUUUUAAAUCCUACGAGUGAAGAUAAAACAAAAAAAUAAUUUUUUGUUUAAAGACAAAUUUAAUAGUGCAAAAGUGUGUGACGUUGAAAUUCAAAUAACGUGCGAGUGUGUGUGUCUGAGUAUUAUUAUACCCACACCCAAAAAUUUAAUACCAUUUCAAAACACCAUCAGAACAUUUCUUCGGAUCAGCAAAAUAUUUCUUUGUGAAAAUAAUUUUUUUUAUUAAUUUUAACGAGCAAACGAUCAGUGAAUUUAAUGUUACAUACAUAAACAGCAUACGGAUAUCAUCAUUUCGGAGUUCAUUGCAUCGUCUGGACCCUUUUCGUUUGAUCUUAAACGGAUAUGUAGACCACAGAAAUGCAGAAUGGGUCUUCACACAGGCCAAUGGAAGAGAUUCUUCCGUGUCCAAUAACGAUUGAUUCAAACCAUUCACCGCUACACGAGGCCGCUAUCACUGGUGAUUUACAGCAACUGGAAAAGUUUUUACGUGCUGGUGCCGAUCGAAAUGCGAAAGAUGCAAAACAUGGUAAUACUCCACUUCAUGAAGCCGCAUGGAGAGGCUACAGCAAAUGCGUUAAAGCAUUGUGCGUUCUGCCGAAACCGUCGAAAGACUCCAAGCAACCCAAAUCGAAACAUCUUAAAGAUGCCGUACAAAAUGCUCAUGGGACGAUGCACAGUUCCCUGUUAGGAACUAGAAACGCUGGCGGUUUUUCACCAUUGCACCUUGCCGCUCAAAAUGGUCAUAAUCAAAGUUGUCGCGAAAUAUUAUUGGCUGGAGGCGAUCCCGAUGUACAAAAUAAUUAUGGUGAUACGCCGCUUCACACUGCAUGCCGUUAUGGUCAUGCUGGAGCAACUCGAAUUCUCUUAUCGGCAAAAUGUGAUCCACAACGAGUCAACUUGAAUGGCGAUACACCGCUACACAUUUCCUGUGCCAUGGGACGAAGAAAGUUAACGAGAAUCUUACUUUAUGCGGGUAGUUCACUGAAAAUAUGUAAUUCCCAAGGAGAAACGGCUCGUGAUAUUGCAAUACGAAAGAAAUUACCGGAAAUUCUACAGAUACUCGACACGCCCAUCGAUGAGAAUGUCAGGGAGAAAGAGCGCGAUCGAAGCUCGAGCAGUUCGAGGCACAAUAAAAAGGACGACAAGAAAACCAAAAAAUGCGACAAAACGAAAUGCAAAGGUGAGGUGGACCCGAAAAAUUGGUCGCCGUAUGGAUGUCAUUACUUUCCGGAUCCAAGAUCGUUUCCGUCACCUAAACUUGAGUCCUUACCAAAAGAACCGCUCAACACCGGUGAACAGUACUAUUUGGACUUGGCUGGAAAUAUAAGGAAAGGUCCUGUCGGUGUUGGAAAUACAUGCUACUGCGGUCCAUUCUUCCGUCAUAUCGAGGAAAGGAUCAGUAGGAACAAAAAGAGUAUCCGAAAGUAUGUUCACAAGGCAACGGAGAAACUGGAUAGCAAAGUGCAAGCGCUGGCAAUGAAAACGGAAGACCAAAUUGAUCGAAUUUCGAAGAACAUGCUGGCCGAUCGAAUACGUUGCGAUGAACAGCGACUCAAUGUAGAACAGUGGCUGAAACGGGGAGAUCGUGCCAGAGCCACAGUAUCGGCACAUACACAAAAAUCUCGCAAAGACGAAACCAACACGAAUACAUUGACCCGAUGCCGCAGUCUGGAGCUGCUGGACAAUAAUAAUUUGAUAGAAAAUAUUGAAUUGCUGACGGCAGGACUGAGGAGAAGCUACGAUGACAUACUGGACAUCGACACACAUGAAGCCAUAGUUCACCAUGAUGCCGAAAGUGGAACGAGAAGUACUCACGGCACUGUUAGAACCGAUUCGGAUCGACGAAAUUCGAUGCUCGAGUUUAACAAGGAAUGGCACAACCAAGAUCUGGAUAAGGACAAAUCGAGCAUAUCCGAUAAAAACCGAAUAUCAUCGUCGGAGCAAGACCGCAACUCGUUAGAGAAUCGCAGCGAUUCGGAUUUGUCCAAACGCAUAAAGAAGAUGGAACUUCGCAGUGGCAUUUCAGUCGCUGAACGAUUGGAAGAAUUGUUGUCCAAAACGAACGAAAUCAUAGAAAUGGAGAGAAGUUGCAGGAAAAAGAGCAAAGACGUGUUCGGUGUUCUGAACUCUCAGAUGUCAAAGCGGCGAGUUCGAGGUAGUGAACAUUUAAGAGUUUCCGCAUCUAGCAAUAAAAGCAGCUCUGACGGUGACGCCAUCAAUCAGUUGAGGAAUCAGUCGAAACAUUAUUCGGAAAUGGAUGACACCGCAUUCAUUGCCAAGGAAAUGGAGAAGAUUACCAGCUCGUUGCUUGGCCAUGGGAAACAGAUUGAAACAAUGGACAAGCAUAGCCCUGUCUCACCAGAAAUUGCAAAGGAAUUUAUCAGUCAGAAAGAGAGGAAUGGACAUAUCGACAACGAACAUGAACGCAGCAGUAUAUUGAGUGGAAGCUCCUAUCGAAGUCUGUAUGGAACUGAUUUGAACAAACACGCCCAAAGUCCCACAUAUUCGAAUCCUGAUAGUACGAAGGCAACACACUCCGUUCAGGACAGGAAUGAAAGGACUCAGCAUAUUCCGUCAGCAGUAACUUUCAGUCCGAAAGGUGCAAACGCAACGAACUUUUCAAAGAGUAUAGCUGAUGGUGAUGUUGUUGAUGGCUUCAGUGGAUUUUAUCAGAAUUCUUGUUUCGACGAUGGCAAUAGCUCCGAUGGAGACACUGUUAAAUCCGAAGCAAAUCAUGGAGUCAUGGAAGCAGUCGGAGUCGCAGACAAAAAAUAUCAAACCCUCGACGUCGGAAACUCUGAUGUUGAUGAUCGAUGCGAGCUAUCCGAAAUGGCGAACAUGAAACAACUGAACGAACUCAAGAGUCGUAUAUUGAAUGGUGCCCAUUGGAGAAAUCAGCUUCGAAAAUCGUCACAGUCGGACACGACAACAAGGGAAGAUAAUGAGAGGGAGAAUCAGGUCAAUGGCAUCGCCACGACGUACGAGAUAAAGAAUUGUGAAAUCAAAACGCUGAAAUCGAACCAGCAAACAUUCGCUGAUGUACAUGGUGCACCGGCGACUAGCACUGUCAAUGAAGUAGGUACAACGAAUGCAUCGAAUGGUGUGUCAUAUGGAGAAAAUCAUGACUCCGAAAGCAGCGAGGACGAAGACGAAUUUCCGAGCGUUAGUCAAUUCGACUCGCAAAACAUUGAAAAAUCCUUACGUUAUCUGGACGCGCUCAAGCCACAACGAGCUGGUAAUCCGCAAGGGUCUUCACUGUAUGUUAAUCAGUCGUAUAAGAUGUACAGUCAACCGGAGGUCCCAUCGACAGCACCAAUGUAUCAUUUAACAAACCCACAACUUUGCAACGGUACGUCGCACAUCAGUCAAUCGUUCAAAAGUCCGGUACCGAAAAUUCUCGAUACUCGCUGCUUGAUUCCGAAGGACGCAUAUUUUCACGAUCUCCCCAACAAACAUCGGCUCAUUCCAAUAACAGACACGUUACCAGAAAUCAACUAUUCCUCGAAUCAAAUGUAUCCCACAUCUUCCGGAUUAUCUGCUGCCGGCAGAAAUCGCAACCCGCUUCCAAUAUCGUUGUCGAUUGAUGAAAGUGAAUUCCGCAAUGAUGCCGCCACUCAUUACUCAAAUACCGCGCUACCAUCCUAUGGAAAUUUGUCACCGUACCAGUAUCAAACGACACACCAAUUGAGCUCCAGCAACUUACCGUCAACAUUUUCCGAUCGUCAAAGUACAAAUCCUUCCAUCAACGUUCCCGAACAAGAAAAACUGUUGACGAAUCGCAAAUUCGGCUCAAAUUUGGACCAUACGAUGAUGGGUUCAAGUUACAGCAUCGAUCAAGUGCAAUUGGAACGGGAUUCAAACAAUGAUUCCGGCUACAGUACAAAAGUUAGCGGAAGUAUCGGUUCACGACCCAGUCCCAGUUUGUCGUCAGGUCAAACUGACAUUGAAACAAGUAAGGAUUUGCGAAAGCAUUACGACGGUUACUAUGUCCCAGGCGCAUCGAGUUUAGUAUAGAGAUUGUGGAGUUGCUUUUUUGAUCGCCAAAUUAGCAUCCAUCUUUGAGAGGAACCAGCAAAUCAAUGUUUCUGCCAUGACAUGCAACGAGUAAUGGAUCUUCUUUUUGUAAAAGGAAAAAUGGGCUGCCAGACUAAAAACAUUUAGAAAUUUAGAAAAGACACUAAAAUAAUGCAAUUUAAUCCUUAAGUUAAAACGAUUUUUACACUGACCUUACCCCUCUUACUUUAUACUCAAGCAAUGAAAUUGUGUAAUUAAAUUUAUUUUUUAUUAAAUUAUGAAGCGAACAUUAUG